GCUUACGCAAUUCGCUCGAGUGGUCAAUCUUUUAAUAAAAGUUAUAAAGACGAGAGAGGCAGAUUUGAGGUGAGGAGAAGGACGACCUUUUUUUUUUCUUCUUCUUCUUCUUUUAUUCCUAAUUUCCCUCGAAACAAAAGCACAAUCCCUAAUAUCAAUUACAAAUAUGUUGUUCUUCUCCUACUUUAAGGAGUUGGUGGGUAGAGAAGUCACCGUGGAGCUCAAGAACGAUCUCGCCAUUAAAGGCACUCUUCACUCAGUCGAUCAGUACCUUAACAUCAAGCUCGAGAACACUAGGGUUGUUGAUCAAGACAAGUACCCUCACAUGCUUUCGGUGAGGAAUUGUUUCAUUAGAGGUUCAGUUGUGAGAUAUGUUCAACUACCCCCUGAAGGAGUAGAUGUCGAAUUACUGCAUGAUGCCACCAGAAGGGAAGCACGUGGCGGCUAACCCCAAUGAUAAUCAGUUUAGACCUUUGUAGGGUUAAGCAGAUUUUUGGAAAAUUGAACUCUCCAAAACUAGAACUUCUCGAUAUAUAUGUUCUUUUUAUCGCAAUCAUUUCGUGUGACUAGUAACUAACUUGCUUAUGACCAGAGUGGUUAUUCCUUUUUGACUGCUUCCCUACCCUACCUCAUAACUGGGGAUGUGUCCUUGCAGUUUAGAUCCUCUGUCACAUGUAUGUUGAUUGCAUCACCAAUUGUCAUCAAUAUGACUCACUUUUUUUCCUUUCUA